AUGACGGUGCCAGGUUAUGAAGAACCUCAAAGCAAAGCAGCUGACACAAAACUGAUCAUGAAAGCAGAGAGGUGCCUGAGGGAAGGUCCAUUGCUGUGUGAUAGACGAGUGACACACCUCCUCUUUCCUCUCCUCCUCCUCUUGCGGGCUCCUCUACUGUUUAGCUUUGGUGAGCGCACCUGCCCCAAUAACUGUCGAUGUGAGGGAAAAACUGUCCAUUGUGAUUCAUCUGGCUUCUUAGAUGUCCCAGAAAACAUUUCAGUCGGCUGCCAGGGCCUCUCUCUGCGCUACAAUGAACUGCACACCCUGUUACCAUAUCAAUUUGCUCACCUCAGUCAGCUUCUUUGGAUUUACUUGGACCACAAUCAGAUUUCUGCUGUUGACAGUCGAGCAUUCCAGGGAGUCCGCAGGCUUAAAGAGCUAAUACUGAGCUCCAACAAGAUCACAUCCCUGCACAAUUCAACAUUCCAUGGAAUUCCCAAUCUCCGCAAUUUGGACUUGUCAUACAACAAACUGGAAAUUCUGCAGCCAGGUCAAUUCCAUGGUCUAAGAAAGCUGCAAAACCUACACCUACGCUCAAAUGGUCUUUCCAACAUCCCGAUUCGAGCCUUCCUCGAAUGCCGAAGUUUGGAGUUUCUGGAUUUAGGCUACAAUCGAAUCAAGGCUCUUACACGUACCACCUUUUUAGGGUUACAGAAGCUGAUGGAGUUGCAUUUGGAGCACAACCAGUUCUCACGGAUAAACUUUUUUCUGUUUCCACGCUUAGCCAAUCUGAGAUCACUCUAUCUGCAGUGGAACCGCAUUAGGGUCGUCAACCAGGGGCUUCCAUGGACUUGGUAUACACUGCAGAAACUUGAUCUGUCUGGAAAUGAAAUCCAGACCCUGGAUCCAGCUGUGUUUCACUGCUUGCCCAACCUUCAAGUUCUCAAUCUGGAGUCCAACAAACUGUCCAAUGUCUCUCAGGAGGCAGUGUCAGCAUGGAUCUCACUGACCUCCAUUAGCCUUGCUGGGAACAUGUGGGAUUGCGGAACUGGCAUAUGUCCACUUGUGGCUUGGUUGAGGAAUUUCCGGGGCAGUAAAGACACCACUAUGAUUUGCAGCAGCCCAAAGUAUCUCCAGGGAGAAAAAAUUAUGGAAGCCACAAGGAACCAUGGUAUUUGUGAGGAAACUGAUUAUGUUCUGACUGAAACACCAUCACCAAUGUCAGACCUAAUUUCUGAAGCCACCACUGAACCGACCUUUGCCCCUACUAGCGGCUCUCCACCUAUGCCACCAGCCAGCACCUUUGGUCCACUCCCACCAUUCAGACCUCGACCUAUUCCUCACCCUACCUUCCCAGGGCAUAUGAGCAAAGACCCAAGAGACUCAGUUGCUCGCACUCGACCCACCCACAUACCACCCCCAGAGCUGGAGCACAUGACUCUGCACAAAGUGGUGGUGGGCAGCGUGGCCAUCUUCUUCACCAUGUCCCUAAUCCUGACAAUUGUUUAUGUCUUGUGGCGGCGCUACCCAGGCGCAACCAGGUUGCUACAGCAGCGAUCCAUGGUAGGAAGGAAACGUCGCAAAAAGAGCCCAGAGCCAGAGCAGAACCUGAGCUCCCAGCUUCAAGAGUAUUACAUGAGCUACAAUCCUGCUGCCACACCAGAAGCAUUGGAGGUGCUAGGCAAUGGCACUGGUUCCUGCACUUGCACAAUUUCUGGCUCCCGGGAGUGUGAGAAUGAGUAUACAUGUCCACGCCCCCUACCUGGUGCCUGGCUGGGAGAUGUGUCUACCAUCCAUUAACUCCAGAAAGGAAGCCGCUUCUUCUUUGGAUGGUGAAGCAAAACCUACCAUGAAACAGGGACGCCAGAGAGAAA